AUAAAAUCGGUGGGUGUGAAAGUUGCGUUGCAUUUAGCCAUUUACCACCAGUUAAAUUAGCCACUGCGAGCUCUCGAACACGGUUGAUCCUGAGGGGAGCAGAGUUGCUUCGAGGCAUUUCCACCGUGGGAUCAAUCAACAAUCGUCAUAAGACUCUUCUUACUUACUAAUUACUAUGGCAGCUAAGAAAUCAAGGACUCGCCGGACUAGAGUGGUGCCCGACCGGAGCUAUGACCACCGGCCGUCAAGUUCUAUGGCGGGUAGGAGACCCUCGCACUUCUUCAAGGUCAUACUCCCCUCUACCAUUCGCGACAGGAAACUGAGGAUCCCUGUAAAGUUUGUAAUGGAAUUUGGGGAUGAACUGUCUGCUGUGGCUACACUCACCGAUCACUAUGGUAAUUUUUGGCAAGUGGGAUUGGAGAAAGCCAACAACGGGAUUUGGUUUGAUGAUGGUUGGCAGGAUUUUAUGGAAUACCAUUCUAUUCAUUAUGGCUACUUUGUAGUCUUCAGAUAUGAAGGGAAUUCAAAAUUCCAUGUUCUUGUAUUUGAUAAUACUGCAACUGAAAUUCCAUCUACAUGGAGCAAGGAUGGUGAAUUGGAAGAUCCGGUGGACGUAAUGGAAUCAGAUGAUGCAAAAAAAUCAAGGCAUGACAAGUUGAAACAAGAAAAUGAAAUGUCUGACCCAGAUAAGCUGUCUGCAAAACAUGAAGUAGAUAGAGGAAGAUACAGUAGGGAAAGAUUUUCUGGCACAUCUUCAAAAGGAAGAGUCUUGAUGCCCACAAGAAGAGAGAGAGCGAUCGAAGCAGCGAGAAUGUUGAAUCCUGAAAGUCCUUCGUUCAUGGCCUUCGCGGGGAAAAAGAAUAUAGGCGGAAUUCGUUCUUUGUAUGUGCCUUGUGGAUUUGCUAAAAAGUAUCUUAUUGGGCAUGAGUCUGUCGAACUCCAGACUUCUGAUGGAAAACAUUGGCAUGCCUGGUGCCGUAACAAGUGUUCAUCACCUAAUGCAAGGUCUAUAGGGUGGGCUCAGUUUUGCAGAGACAAUAAUUUAGAAGGAGGAGAUGUGUGUGUCUUUGAGCUGAUCAAGAGGAACCCUGUUGUGCUUAAGGUCUCAAUAUUUCACCUGGCUGACUAUGCUGUGAAGCAACAUGUCUAAACUCAUAGUCAUAGACAUGCAGAAGCUUUAAGGAGGUAUGUUCUAUAUUUAGGGACUUUGGCCAAUAAAUAUGGCUUGUUGUACUCAUGGUUCCUGUUCCUGAUGCUAAAACUCUUUCUGUAAGCUUGUCCAAACUACCGAUAUUAUUAAUUUCUACUUCACUUAGUAUGUCUUGGUUAUAAUUUAACAUCCACGGAAUCAUGAUCAAGAUUGUUGUAUUUUUAUA